AUGCCGCAUGUUUUGGAACUAAAGAGACGAACUGUUAUAAUUGCAUGUAAAUUGCGUCAAAUGCAGGGUCGUGGAUGGGGAAUUAGUCCCUAUAUACAAAAGGUUCUUUAUCUCACCGUUAUCGAGAGAAUGGUCACCUAUGCGGCUGCUAUAUGGGCUGAACCCAUGCAGGGUCGCAAAGUGCGCCACUUGCAAAGUCUCCAGCGUCAAUUUGCCUUACAGAUAACUAGGGCGUUUCGUACUACCUCAUCCAGUGCAUUAAAUGUCAUGGCGGGACUGAUCCCUCUUCAUCUACGUAUUCUGCAGGAAGCAGCAAUACAAUCCGUCAAGGUUUUGAAAAAACCUUUCAUCCUAUUUGAUGAACUUUUCACACCAUUGCACUAUGAACAACCCUCACAACAUUUGGAUGUGCAUCCAGUCCUUCAAGGAACAGGACUUCGGAUUUUCCUUAAAGACGUAACACUGCCACCUAUCCCAAGCAUUCAAUAUUACACUGAUGGAUCUAAAAUAGAUCAACAGACAGGCUGUGCCCUUGUAGCCUUUCAUAAUGGUCAGUCAAUUUAUCAGUGGCUGGGUCAUCUCCAUGGAAAUAAUAGUUCUUUCGUCGCUUCAAGCGAUUCAAAACCCCAGACACAUUCUUCUUCGCUUAUCUCGGACAUCCAAUGUGAACUUCGUAAUCAAGUGGGAAAUAACAUCACGCUAGCUUGGACUAAGGGCCAUGCUGGGGAUCACGGUAAUACUUUGGCAGAUAAGUUAGCCAAAUCAGCUGCCGAAAAUACCGAUGCCGAGGCUGAAGAAGUGAUUCUUAAGUGGCCAACAUCUCACUUAAAACGAGCUCUUCUUUUAAAAGUUAUAUCCCAAUGGCAACUAGAAUGGGAUACUGAUGAAACCGGUCGACGAACGUACAAUCAUAUUACGUAUGUGGAUCAAUGUCGUCAGAUAACAAAUCAUCAACUAGUAAGAUAUAUCUCGGGGCAUGGUCCAUUUCCAAGCUACUUUUACAAGCAUGGAAUUGCAAAUAGUGAAUAUUGUGUCUGCGGAACUCUAGGCAUACCUGAACAUUAUAUUACUACAUGCCCGUUAACGGAGGAAUUUCACAUUCCUUUCCCUGUGGAUAAUCAACUAGCAUUUAGUAAAUUUUUAAUUAAGCAGAAGUACCUUAUCAGAAAACUCUCAAAAAUUAUGGACAUUCUCCACAGUUAUGGAUCUGAUCUAUGUCAGGAUCAUGGAUCUAUGUCAG